AUGAACACUUUGGCGCUGAUAUUCCGCGUGCUGCCGGUAAUCCAGCUACUGUCCGAGCUUUGGAUCGUCUACAGCUUCUUGAAUGUCGUCUGGAAAGUGACCGCCCAUCUUCUCAUCAGAGCGCUCGCGACUGCGAUCUUCCUCUAUCUGUGUCCGUCUGUGCGGGUCGUGUUCUACAAUGCAGUCUACUUCCCGCUCCUCUCAAAAGCGCGAGCAGUUCCGUCUCCCAGCACGGGACGCAACAUUUUCCACGGCCACUACAGCGACGGCAAGAGCAUCGUCGACGGCGUCACCAGCAUGGCUUAUGCACGGGAAGCGCUACCGCGAGCCAGACUGCUACGAGUGUCGGCCUCAUUCUAUCCCUCGGCGCGGCCAUGGGAGGUCAUUCUUCCCGUCUCUCGCGAUUCUGUCCAUCAAGUACUUGUUUCGCGGGCCGAGUCGUUCGUCAGGUCGAUCUCUGCUUAUUCUAUACUGGCGCGUAUAUUCGGCAAGGGUGUAUUGACCACCGACAGCGCAUCGGCGCAUGACAUGAUGCGAUCAAGUCUGCUUCCCGCAUUCACACAACACAACGUCGUCAGACUUGUGCCUGGAUUUCUUGAGCACACAUCAAAGCUGAUUGUCUCUAUCGAAAACAAACUCGACCACAGCAAUCCCACGACAUCAAUGCACCUCGAGCAGCCAAUUACCCGCUCGCUCACUGAUUCAACCUGCCAGGCUCUCGUCGGCGAUAACUUCAACCUACUCGAGCAUCCCGAGAGCAUGACCGCGACCGCUUUCCAACGACUGCUGCUCGGCACCGCACCAGCCCGAGUCAUUUUCCAUUGCACACUCAAGUUCACAAAGUGGCGCGACCACGACAUUGUUAACGACUUUGUGCGCGAGGCGGUGAAUGCAAAGAUCGCGCUGCACAACUCGAAGCAGAAAUAUGAGGAUGCUAGCGGCAGCGAUGGACAGCACCGAAACGCAAACAUCAUGAGCUUUCUGCUCGAGCACGAUGCACCGGCGUGGACUGCCGAUUCCUUCCUUGAACAGUUUUAUUCUCUACUAGUGAUGCAGUCCGACACUAUCGGCGGCGUCAGGCGCACGCUAUGGUAUUUGACUCUCUACCCUGAGAUCCAAUCCCGCCUGCGCGACGAAAUCCGAAGCACGUUUCCAGAAGGUGCCGCGUCAAUAACAUCUGCCAGCGACCUAACCUCUCUACGCUUUCUUGACUGCGUUUUGAAAGAAUCGCUACGGCUCGCGCCUCCAAGGCGUAAUGCUGUAUUUCGAAAGGCAGUGAAGGAUGUUCAUAUCGACGGCUAUCGUAUCCCAAAGGGGGCGACAGUCUAUGUCGACGCGUACAUGUUGAACAGACUACCAUCAGUAUGGGGCCCAGAUGCUUCUGAGUUUUACCCAGAGCGAUGGCAGCAGAAGGAAAGCAACACCGACACGUUCACAGACGAGCAAAACCUGAUGACGUUCUCCAAGGGCCCUUUUAGUUGCAUCGGCGAGCAAGUCGCGCUGCUUCAGAUGAAAGCUUUCCUAGCCGGUUUGGUAGGCACGUUCAGCUUUGAGUCGCCAGAGGAGGAUCCUAUGGCUGAUAAGGAUAACGUCUACUCUGCUGAAAAGCUAAAGGCUCUUUUGGUCGCGCGCGUUCCUGGCUGGUGA